AUGGCGGAUGCGGAGAAGGAGCUGGAGGAGGUUCUCCUGGGAGUAGGAAACAGGAUCCUUACUCCGCCCUCUGCCGUGGACGAUCUCCUCCCGCUCCUUGAUGUGAGUGGGUUCUGUUGUUCUCUGUCCAUUUCCCCUCAUUGUCUACGGCGUGUCUGGUUUUCCGCAUCCUUGCCUGUAUGUGAGCAUUGGGCGUGGUUCUUUGAGACUGUAGUUUCCCUCUUCGAUGAUGGUAUUUCUACUUGCAUUAUCCGUUUUUAUUAUGCAAUUAUCGGUUGUUUUGUUUGCAAGAACGACUUCCUAUGAAUGAACGAUUGCGUUUUGUGGGUCUUGUUAAUUUGAAAGUUGAAUAUUUUUAUCCUUUUUGGAGUUGUCACAGUUUUUGAAUUUUGAAUGGCUUAUCAACGUUGAAAAAUGCCAUAUCAGUGCACGCAUUGCCACUAUUUCGUUAUCUAGAUCAUUAAUUUGCGUCUUCAGCGGAUCGUCUGGGAGUUAUAUAGGCCAUCCGGUGAAAGUUCAUACUGUCUAUUGUCCAUGUGUUGAAGAUGAUCCAGUUAAAAUCAACCUUUAAACAGAUCAAUUCUCAUUCCUUCUGGACUUUGAUGCCAACUUUAAACAGAUUAAAGUUUCGAUUGGAAUGGUAAUGGCAGUGCAAAUCUUAUUGUGUUACAUGACGAGCGGGUUGUGUAACUCAAAGGGCUUGAAGAUUCAAUGGUUUGAAAAACUGCUAUUGCGGUUGGGGAUUUCCCACAAGCCAGUGUAAAACACGAAAAAGACCGAGAAAUUGCCACUUGAAAUAAUUGUAAAUUCUGACGGGGAAAGGCUACUGGAAAAUACUGGUGCUAAUGUAUGAUGGCGUCAUGAUGCGCUUCAAUUUUUUCCAAAACCUAUGAGUUGUUACGGACUGGGUGAAUUGUGUCAGAAUGAGUGACAUUUCGGUGAUUAUCUGCGACUUUGUGGAACUCUAUCAGACAUUGAAGCUGUAUCUCAAACGAAAAAUCGAUCCUUCUCUUGUGGGACAAAUGUGGCUACUUCCUUUUGAAUCUGGCGGCUGUUUGCCAACUCGCCAAUUGAUUAUUGGACAUUGUCUCAUCACUGAAAAGGGGCCAUUGGAUGCCCACCUCUGGGUUCCAGAGAUAGUAGGAAGACCCGUAUUCAUUAGCGCCUGUUUGGGCAGACAUAGUUCUGCUGCCUUAUAAAUCAAGAAUUUCUGUGUCUUUGGUUCCACUUAGGAGGAGAUAUCGAGGCUGGUUAGGCAUGUUUGGAAAAGACUUUCUUGUUCAUCCCAUGAUACUUGGAAGUCGCAAUUUUUUUGUCUGAAUCGACGUGAUUUUGGUCAAUUCUGGAGGGGUUACUCGAUCUUGUGGCUCACUGACACUGAUGUUUCUCAGAUCAAUCAGUUUAAACAAUACUACUCAAGGAUAUGGAAGCGUGAGACACCAGAAAAGGAAAGAAUGAGGACAGGAAGAAGAAGAAAAGGAAGAAAAGCUCACCGGUGGUACUGUCAAUGGUUGGUUGUGGGGUGACGAAACAAACAGUUCAUAGUCAUAAUUAUUCAUCUCUAUACAAGUUUAAGGUUUAGGUUCUCAUACUCUCCUUCCAUUAAGAUAAUCGCGUACACUUUAUAAAUAAGACAUGUAACCUAAUUUGCUUUUUAUUUCGUGAAUUUUUUUUAUCCUGUUCUAGUUUGACUAUGAUCCUGGUUGAUCUGAUCACCCGAUGUGAUUUUUCGGGUAUUAUAGUCCAUCUUGCCACUUCAUAUCUUUCUUGAUUGGAAGGCUGUGAUUUUAUGCUGUGGUAUCAGGAUUAUUUGAUCUCGAAUCGAAGGUAAAGGCAGUAUGUGUCUUUGGAAAACUGGCGGGGUUGGAUUUUGUAGCCUCGUGUGAGAUCAAUUCGAUUACUCACUAAAUGAGCCUGUGUUGACUUGUAAAGUGUAAAGCUGGAUGUUGGAAGAAAACCAUCCCCGGGUCAAUUGUCACCUUCACUUGUGAAAGGUUUUCGAACUGCUAGUGCAGGAUGAAAUCAGUGCAGAUUUCACUGGUAUUGUCUUCGUGUUUCUUAAUGACCCUAAGAGAGGCGCGCUCUUUAAUUCUCUUAUCCUGCAUAGCCUAGUAUAAGUUCUUAAUGGCAUGCUUCGCUGGGAAAAUGCCUGAAGAAUGUAUCAUUUAACUUUUCAUUAUGCCACCAGCUAUGUACACAAUCUGAAUUCUCACCUGAACCUUGUAAACUGCUUUUAUAGCUCCGGAUCAUAUAUGUGAAAUAGGAUGGGUUGCAUUAUAGCUGCGUUGUUUGAUUCUCGUACUGGUUCAACUUAACUGACAAUAGUUUUUUAUUAGUCAUCCAUGCAAAAAGGCUCACCCUCUCUUAUUUGUUCACUAUUUUGCAAGAAUUUAUUAGUCAUUUAUUAGUUAUUUUGUGUUUGAUAAGUGCUAACUGGCUAUUGCUUUCUGUCAAUGAUUUCCAUUUGAAAGCAAGCUGAGACUUUACUGUCGAGAGUGGAGCAAUCACCUUCCCAGUCAAUGUCUGCUGCACUCAAUCCUUCAAUGAAGGGAUUGACUGCCAAGGAACUUUUGGGACAUCCAGAUGCUGAUGUGAAAGUCUCUGUUGCAUCUUGCAUCAGCGAAAUUACUAGAAUAACGGCACCUGAGGCUCCAUAUGAUGACGAAUUAAUGAAGGUUUGAAGAUAUUUGUUUCGUUACCAGUGCUAGCUCUCAUUUUUUUCUGUUGGUAUUGUUUAUUAUCUCAUCUUUAUAUUUUUAUUUACUUGAAUUUAUUCAGGAUAUAUUUAGGAUAAUUGUUGAAGCUUUCGAAAAGCUGGACGAUAUGGACAGUCGUUCUUACUCCAAGAGGGUUUCAAUUUUAGAAACAGUUGCAAAGGUUAGGUCGUGUGUUGUGAUGCUGGAUCUUGAGUGCGAUGCUCUGAUUCUCGAGAUGUUUGGUCACUUUCUGAAGACAAUAAGGCAAGUGACCUUGUCAUUGUUAUUUUUAUGCUUCUACCGUAUCAUUUAGGAUCCUUUUUUAUUCUAACUUCGUAGAAGAGUUUGAUGUUGCUGAAAUUUUCACUACACCAUAUAUCCUUUCGUUCUUUUUAAAAUUCAAGAUCCCUCUGUUGAUAAUUCAGUCUGUCUGUUGGUCUCACUGUAUCUUGGAAUGUAGGAAUGACAAGCUUUCGUUUGAUGGUAUUAAUACAUUUUGACAAGCUUUCGUUUGAUGUAUUGCAGUCAUAUCCUAGAUAUUUUUGGAGCUCAGACUGUCUUUCAUUGUGGUUGAAUAAAAAACUAGUGAGGAAAAAGUAGUAAAAAGUUUGGUGCAUGUAAACAAUGAGAGCUUGUGUCCUCUGAGGAAUAUCAAGUCUGGCUGUGAUUCUUUAGUUCAGUUCGUCAUGUUGGUGCCAUUUCUUAGCCAUGAUUUGGAUGCAAUCGUCAACUUUGUGAUUUACUCUAUUUUUGCAACGAAGCAAGGAUUUUAGGGGGAACUUGAGUACUCUGUGCAAGCUCGAACUGUGUCUUAACUCGUCUGUUAAAUAUUUUUAAAAAUCCUGUUUCCAUUGUGGCUUCUCUUGGUAACCAUUGUUUUGGCUUUUCCUUUGUAGUUUAUAUUCAUUUUCAUUUGUUACUGCUUAUUGACAACCUGGGUAAUGUACAGGGAUAACCAUCCUGAGAAUGUAUUUUCUUCAAUGGAGAUGAUAAUGACUGUUGUAGUCGAGGAAAGUGAAGACAUCUCAUCAGAUCUUUUGUCGUGCCUAUUGGUAAAUGUGAAGGACAAUAAGGUGGCUUUUCGCCUGAGCUUCCCUUGUCACGUUUUGCCUUGAGUCUUUUGCUGUAUUCUUAUCUAAGAUGUUCUUGUUUUCAGGAUGUUUCACAGAUUGCGCGGAGAUUAGUGGAAAAAGUGAUAGGAAACUGUGCUUCGAAGUUAAAGCCCUGCUUAAUGGAAGCUGUUCGAUCUCUUGGUACUCCAUUAGAGGGUUACAGUGAAAUCGUUGUCUCACUAUGCCAAGAGAAUUCUGAUGUGGUGGGGCCUCAUGAUCUGAGUAUCUCUGGCAAAUGUUUGGUGAGUGACCAUUUACUCAUGUUUUAACUGAAUGAUUUGAUUAUGCGGCAUAUGUCGAGUACUUGACAUUUUCAUUGUUAUCCAAUUCAUUGAAGGAAGCAUAGAUUUAUAUGCUCUUUACACGUUCUACUUAUCUAGAGGUUCAAUCUUGACGUCUCUUUCUUUAAUAAAUUACAUUUAGGUGAAAGCCUUGUUGUUUCAAUUUUUAACGGCUGAAUUUUCCAGAAGCUUUCAAUGGUUUGCAUUUUUUUCAAGAGUUUGAUGGUUAUAGGAAUUGAUAUAAUAAAAUUAAAAUCUUCAAUUUGUCUGCCGGACUUCCUGCUCUCGUGUGAAAAUUAUCUAAUUUCUUUUUAGGCCUCUAAUUUAAACUCAAAGAAAGUUGGAAACUCGGAUAUUUUUAAUAUCUUUGUUGGGAUAAAUAUGUUUUGUGGUUUUCUCGACUCGGAGACUUCCAAGUGUUUUUAGGGUGACCAAGAUGUGAAUCCUCCGCAUCCCUCCACAGUUAGGUGGCAUUUUUCAUAAUAGCUAUUAUAUAUAUAUACAUGUAUUAGUCGUAAAUUUGAUAUAGAAUAGCGAAGAAAUUAGAUGAUGUGCACGUGCAGAAAAUGUUGAGACUAAUAUAUAUAUAUAUAUAUAUAUCGUGAAAUCUUGUAAUAAUUUGGAUAAGUUGUUAUUUAUUAAUUGAAGAUCAGGACAUCAGCGAAUGGAAGGACAGCAGUGUUUUUUGAAAUCCUAUCAAGUUGUUCAUUGUGUUUUUUUUCAAUGUCAAUCAAUCGACUUGUCUUUCUCCAGCAUUAAUGUUUGUUUGAAUCCACACCUCCCCAAAUGAAAAAUUCUUUUAUGAUUAUGAAGUCUUCCCCGGGAUGAAGUUCUUACUAAUGGUGCAAUCACUGUGCUCAGGCAGAUGAUAGCAUGUUAUCUGAGAGGACCAUCUCUGAUGAGCGUCCCAAGGUAGUUGGUCUUCCUAGUUGACUUUUCUUUCACAGAAUCGUUGAGGGGGUUACCUCUGAAUAGGUCAAUGCUUAUCAGGGUUCUGGAAAGCGAGAGCCUGAAGUCAAUCACCCAAAGUCCUCUGCAAGCAGCGGCGCCGAACAACAGAUUGUGAAGGAUGAUUCUUCAGCCCGGCCGUCUCCGAUGGACAAGAAGGUUGAGAACUCGGGACGAGCAUCGAGUUCUGGGGUAGACGUUGCCUUGGAUCAGAGUGCCAAGAAAGCUAGAGGAAAAUCAUCGGAGACCACAGGCACUUCCCAAGGUGGUGUUAAGGGCAGAGAGGCCGGGGGAUCAAAGUCCGCUAGCUCUAAUGGCGACAGAGCUGAAGCUACUUCACGGGGGGCUCACGGCAGAAGGUCUGAGCUCGAGGACGCUUCUGAAAAAUCCGCCGUUGGUGAUUCAUCCGCUCUCAUCGAUGACAAGUCUCCCGACGCGGCUCGGCCCAGGAGGGGACGGCCUCCUGGUUCUAAGAGCUUAAAGAACAAGGUGAAGACAAGUGCGGCGGCGUCUGUUCCGCAGUCUGGCCCUCAGCCGAGCUCGGCCAAGAGUAUCAGAUCCAAGAAGCAGAUCGAGGGGCCUAAAAGGGAAUCAGAGGCAGAUUUGACUGGUGAAUCAGAAGGGAAGCAGCGUCUGGGUAGAGUCGGCAGGAAGCGGGCGGCGGACAAGCCCGGCGAGGGUGAGAUCUCGGAAAGACGACGUGGAUCCAAAACCAAGCAGCAGAGGGACUCGAAGGUAUCAUUCCUAUUCCGGCAUGCAUCCUUCUUCACGCAGUCAAAUUAAUGAAUACUUUUCUUUCUUUCUCCUCUUUGUUAUCUUUAGGGCGAGGAUUCCGAAGCUGGGGCAGAAACUCCGAAAGCAGGUUCUCGAAAGAAGCAGCAGCGCAUUCGGGAAAACGAGGUGCGCGUGUGUGUGGAGUUUCCAUCGCCAGAUCGUCAUCUGAAAGUGAAGCUUGCUGUGCGCGAUCCAUCGCUCCUUUGCUCUGCCCAGAUCUUCUUAUGGAUAUUCUUUGUUGAUGCUACUCAGGAAGAAGAACAGCAGGGAUACGACGGCGCCAUUGUUGGGGCCAAGAUCAAGGUCUGGUGGCCCGACGACAGAAAGUAAGGACUCCCCUUCCGAAAAUAUAUCUUUGUUCCGAUUAAUCAAUACAUAAAUUAAUUAAUUAAGGGUUCAGAAAUAUUUUUUUACUCCCCCAUCCAAAAAAAAAAAAAAAGGAAAAAUAAAAGAAGAACUCGGACCCUCUUCUGAUGUCGUCGCGAUUCCUUCCCUCCAGGUUCUACCGUGGCGUCAUCGACUCGUACGAUCCAGCUUCAAUGAAGCACAAGGUACUUUUCCUUUAUUUUUAUUUUUUUUGGGGUCCUCCAAAAUAGAUAUCUCCUCCAAUGGAAAAAAAAAGCCUUUUCAGAUUUAUUUUUAUUUUCUGUUUCCCCGGCGUGGGUAGUCUCUGGCUGGGGCAUCACUCUUUUUGGUCCCCAUGAAUUCAGAAAUCAGUUGAUUUAUAUUAUUUUUUAUUUUUUUAUUGGAAUUUGAAAUUAAAAUUGUUUUUAUUUUUUGGGCUGGGGGUCCUGACGGCUGCUGGAUCAUCGGCAGGUUUUGUAUGUCGACGGCGACGAGGAGGACUUGCUUCUCAAGAACGAGGUCUUUAGGUUCCUCAAAGACGGCGGGCCCGCCAAGGUGAGCUCUCUCUCUCUCUCUCUCUCUCUCUCUCUCUCGCUCUCCGUCUCUCUCUCUCUCUUAUCUAUCUACUGUAUCUGAUGUGGCCGUCUGCUGGAACACUCUGAAACAGGACGAUUCGACUCCUGUGGCCACUGCUGGGAGGUAUGCGCCUUGUGGACCAGACUGGAUCCCCUUUUCGUUGCCUGAUUAUUAUUAUUAUUUGGUUUCUCUCUCUCUCUCUCUCUCUCUCUCUCUCUCUCUCUCUUUCGCUGAGAUCACUUCUUUCGAUCAAACCCAGGUCGAGGAAGAAGGCGGGGAAGCUCCCAGACGCGCCGUCGUCUUCUUCUCCCCGAAAGUCAAAGGCAGAGGGGAUCGUCUCCUCCAAUGGGUGAGUGACCUCCACCCCACCGCCUCUCCAGCUUACCAGACGGACCCUUCUGACCGGCAGCGGCUCUCCAUCCUCUCCUCUUCUUCUUCCAGUGGAGAUUCCUCAUCGGGGAGGAAGAAGAUAGUCGGAAGGGGAGGCGGCGGCAGGUCAAACGGGCACGGCGGGCGGAGGCCGGCGGUCGACGCCAACGGAGAGCCGUCCGGGAAGAAGCAGCGGAGGUCAUGACCGACGUGGGCCCACGGGGAGGAAGAGGACCCGGCGGCCGUUGACUUUCCCCCCUCCCGCCCUCCCAUCAGAUCCCCGCGUAGAUGUGGCGUCAAAUUUGUGGGUUGAAGAAGGGGGGGGAAUGGGUGCGGUCAUUUUGUUUGGAUGAGGGGGGCGUUAAAUUUAGGGGGGGGGGGAUCUGCAGGGAAGAGAGGCUCAGGUCAACGGCCGGAGUUCUUGGGCUUUGUAGUUGUCAUUGCUCGAUCGCUUCCUUUUCCACUAAGUGAUUGCUUAGGGAGGGUUUUCUCUGGUCGGCCCUGAUCCAUGCUGGCGGGUUUUCCCUCCACCUGCUGCCUUCUUUCUUGAAGCAGAGUCAGUGAAUUCCGGAUUGGAUUAGGAGAUAGACGGCGACGCGCAGCCCCAAUAAAAUGGGGAGGUGAUUUCAGCCGAGCAUGGAGCAUUGGAUCGUCUGGUUUAAGUAAACUAGCAGUGAGUCAGUCGUCUUCUAAAAUCUGAGGGAGUGGUCAUGGAAUAGCAUCUCGAGUGACUCCGGUCUCUCUCUCUCUCUCUCUCUCUCUCUCUAAUACUACGUCUACGUCCUGAAAAAGGUGAGUUCCGGCCUGGAACCCUGGGCUGACAGUACGCAGAGUUCGGGUUGACUAGACCCCACCCAUUCAUUCCCCCGUCCGCGUGGUCGUCAUCUCUCUUCUUCAUCGCCAAGGACGACGGGGGUUGACUCUCGCUCUCUCUCUCUCUCUCUCUUUAUAUAUAUAUAUGGCACACGGUGAAACGCAUAAUAUAAUAAUACAUUCAUAUUGGGGGGAUAAAUAUAAUUAAUAUAUAAAAUAUUAUUUACUGAUACGUAAAACAGACGGGAUCCCCGCGGCCGCCGGCCACGGUGGGGGGGAGUAGGAAGAGGAGGAGACGGGAAAAGGGAGGGAAUAAAAGAGGGGAAGAGGACAGGAUAAAAAGAGACGCGUUGCAGAGGAAAGCGGCAGAGUCGCUUUCCCAGCGGGGAGGGGAGGAGGCUUUUUCUAAAGGCUCCCCAGGUCAGGGCUUGGAAACGGAGGCGGCCUCUUUGGAGGAGGAGGAGGGUUCGGAGCCGGCGGCGGCGGCGGCAGCGGCGGCGGCGGCGACUGUGGAGUGGGCGGUAAGGGCGGAGAGGGCGCUGGGGGAGGGGGCGGGGGGGUGGCAGGUGGCGGCGGAGAUGGCGGAGGCGAGGGAGAUGGGCAUGAGGCAGAGGCCCUUCCCUUGGAGGUACUGCAUAGCGGCGCCCAUGUCCUCUUCCAUCAGUUUCGCCACCUGCUGCUCCGCCGCUGUCAUCCCGUCGCUGCCCGCCGCCGCCUGCGCCACCACCGCCGCCAGCUUUAUCAGCGCCCAUCAAAGUUGCGGAGCAGGAGGGGCGUGGCAUCCCUUUUGGCACGCGUGCCUCCUCCUUUGUCCUCUACCCACCCCCCUCCCCCUCUCUCUCGCUACCUCUACUAUAAUAAGCAUUAUUAAGGGCCCUCACCCACCGCUGGCUCUAGAGCGGGACGGGGAUUCUCUCUGGGAGAAGAAGGGAUUAGUAAGUAGUACCUUAGAAGAGACGUCGGCAGGGAAGGGGGCGCUGGAAGCUGCUCCGCCUAGUCUGCUCAUGCUCAGCACCUGGAUAGAAACCCGGCAGGAGAUGGGGUCAAGAGUGAUGUGA